UUAUGGCAAAGGUAGUAUGCGGUAAGCCGCUGUCGCAUGCACAAGUUAAAAAAGUUUGUUGAGCAUGCGCGGCAACUGUCAAAAAAAGGCGGGAGCGGCGAAAUCUGCCAGAUUGAAAAUUUUAUACACAAUUUAAAAAUAAUGAACAUGUGAUUCAAUUAGAAUUACUAUUGCAUACUACAAUCUAUAUUUUUAUUUGUUCUGAAGUGAUAAUUGUGCCGUGUUAUUUUAUCUACCUGUGAUGCUUAGUGUGUAACGAAGUGCAAUAAACUGACCCAAAAUUAAUUGGAAAUUUUAAGAAUGAAAUUACCGUUUGACCCACGUCAACUAGUCGGAAAAUUGUUCCCGAUAGUGCAAUGGUCGAGAGGCUACAACGCGUCCACAGGACUAGGGGAUCUCAUAGCAGGCGUCACUGUUGCACUAACCCUCAUACCGCAAUCGAUUGCCUAUGCAUCGCUCGCUGGAUUUGAGCCACAGUAUGGCCUCUACGCAUCACUUUUGGGCGGGUUCGUCUAUGCCAUAAUGGGGACAUGCCCUCAGAUCAACAUUGGGCCCACUGCGCUCCUGUCUCUCCUCACGUUCACCUACACAAAUGGGACCAACUCGGACUUUGCCAUUUUACUCUGUUUCAUUGCUGGCAUCGUCCAGCUCAUCGCUGGUGUAUCACAACUAGGAUUUUUAGUGGAAUUCGUGUCGUUGCCAGUAGUGUCAGGCUUCACGUCAGCAGCCUCGAUCACGAUAGCCUCUUCACAGAUCAAGGGUCUACUUGGACUAAGGUUCAGUGCAGAAACCUUCAUCUCCACUUGGAAAGGAGUGUACCAGCACAUUGGCGAGACCAGAUUCCCUGAUACUCUGUUGAGCUUGGCUUGUUGCAUUGUAUUGAUGGGCAUGAAGGCGUUAAAAGACGUUCGGUUGAAAGACUCCCGAGACGAGAAGAAUCGUCGCAGCGUCGUACUACAGAAAUUGUUCUGGUUCGCGGGUGUCGCUAGGAACGCUGUGGUGGUAGUCGUCGCUUCAACUCUGGCCUUCUUCGUCCACCAGGAUAAGGAUGAGCCGUUCAUAUUGACUGGCAACAUAACUCCAGGGCUGCCCAAACCAACGCCGCCUCCGUUCUCGACGUCCAUAGGGAACUCCACCUACAGUGCGGGAGACAUGUUCUCCCAUCUUGGCACCGGCACAUUAGUUGUGCCCGUAGUGGGCAUCAUAUCCAACGUUGCGAUAGCUAAAGCUUUUGCCCGAGGCCGAACCCUGGACGCGACGCAGGAGAUCAUAGCCCUAGGGGUGUGCAACGUGGCCAGCUCGUGCUUCCGCUCGUUCCCGGUCAACGGGUCGUUCACCCGCAGCGCCGUCAGCGACGCCUCGGGCGUGCGCUCGCCCGCCGCCGGCCUCUACACCAGUAUUAUAGUACUACUGACCCUAGCCCUCCUCACCCCCUACUUCUACUUUAUCCCGCGCGCCGCUCUGGCCGCCGUCAUCGUGUGCGCUGUCCUGCACAUGGUGGAUCUGGACAUUGUGAAACGGCUUUGGGCCACGAGCAGAUUGGAUAUAAUCCCUCUGGUUGGCACGUUCCUGUGCUGCCUGGGGCUGGGGAUAGAAAUAGGGCUGAUUUGCGGAGUGGGGGUGGAUGUACUUCUGCUCUUGUAUUACCACUCUCGUCCACCCUUGGAUGUCCAAUACAUUGAUGACCCUCAAUGUCCACACUACGCGAUCCGGCCUGUAGGAGGCUUACACUUUGCCGGAGCGGAAAGAGUGCGGUCCAAACUUAGUGAUCUUAAGAGAACUAAAUUUAUUGCGGCUAUGCCUUUAGAAACGCUCACUAUCAUCCCAGAUAAUGAUUUAAGACGAUCAGACACCACAGAUGGAAUCGACAACAAUAGUACUCCGGAGACGAAUAGUAUUAUCCCAGCUCCAGUUGAUACAAUUAUAGUACCAAGUACAGUCGUGGGCAACGGUGUUGCAAAUUUAAAUAAUGCAGCGAUUACCAGCAAUAGGAAUAGAGGUUCCGAAAGCGUGGUGCGAUCGGCCAGCGUUCUCGUGAUAUAUUGCGACGCGUUGUAUAGAAUGGAUUACACUUUUUUGCAGAGUCUAAAAAUGCUAGUGACUGAAUGGUCUCGAAGUGGCCUCAUAGUGUGGUGCGACGCGCGACCUCUGGUCAGGGACCAGUUGAAUGCAGUUUUGCAAGAAUCAUUGUACUGUGAUACACAUCAGUUGAGGACAGUGCUUUCCGGUAUAAAUAUAGCCGAGCGAGCGGCAGUUACCAGUGAUACACAAUUGUAGGCAUAAGUUUAAUGUGUGUUGUGAUAAUUUGUGAUUAGUCAGAUUAGAAUCGUAUGAAUGGGUUGUUCUUUUGAUCUGUCAUUAUAUCUCGAAUUUUUUACUCACUCUGUCAAAAUUGUUAUUUCAUGGUUGAAGCCAAUUUCCGGUUCCUUAGAUAAUUAAUUUUAUUAUAUUCUGUGUUAUUCUUUACUUACAAAAAAUAAUUAGUUACCCAUGUGAUGCCAGUGAGUUUGGCAGUAUUUUUAUUGAUACAAUGAUGAAAUAUUUA